GUGGGCGUGGCCCGGCGUUACCUGCGGAGCGCGCGCUCAGGCGAUGUGGGAUGGCGGGGGCAGGACCGAACGCGGUGCCCGGGGGGGCCCCGGAGCGGCGGCGGGAGGAGGCUGAGGAGGCUGAGGAGGAGGACGGUGAUGCCGAUGAUGCCGAUGAUGCCGAUGAUGAUGAUGCUGAUGACGAUGAUGCCGAUGAGGAGGAGGCCGAUGAAGGCCUGGCCGGGCGCUUCCUGGCGCUGGAGCAGGAGCUGCGGGAGGAGCUGCGGGCGCUGCCCCCCCCCGGCCCCCCCGUGACCCACGUGUACGACCCCCUGGACUACGCCUGGGACCCCCACAGCCACUUCGUGCGGCGCUUCCUGCGCUCCCCAAAAGCCGUCCUGUUCCUGGGAAUGAACCCGGGGCCCUUCGGGAUGGCCCAGACCGGGUCCAUCCCAUAG